AUGAUCGCAAAAAUCGCGAUGCUACUAGUAUAUCUGAAGAGUCAGAGUCCAACUUAUGUUCCGGUUAAACCGUCGGACAAGAGUCGGAGGUUUCUCUUCGAUGAUCUCCCAGUCAAACAGGCUUUUUAUUAUCUCGAGCCCACCAUGCGCGUCGCAAGGCAUUUCAUUGAGUGCUGUCCAGGAAACGUCACCGUCGACACACUCGGUCUAUCUCUCGCCAAUGUCUCAACUAUAGUCUUUGUCAUACACAUCCGAGGUCUCUACCAACAUCCCAUCUCAAAACUCGUAGAGUUCAGUCGAUGUGUACCAAAUCAACCCAAUAUAAAUUUUAAAAUAUUUGGUAACGAAUCUCCCGAAUUUGAGCAAUUCCCUCUCACCUCCAUAUAUGACCACUCUGUUCGAGAGGUGUUCUCUUGCGUGCUUUAUAAAUUGAUCGAUCCCCUGCCAUAUCUGUUAAAUAUCUUUUGCUCUGUAUUUGCAACAGAUGCCUGUCGAUUGUCCCCAAUGCUAGCACCAACGCCACCACCCAUAGCCACGACAUCAACUCCCACCUCUGGCACCACUCCCUCCGGAACAUCGCCACUCACCUCAUCGACGUCCCCCGUUCCAGGAACUACGCUCACGUACCAUCUCGUCAUGCCGCACCUUGCAUUGCUGGCACUCCUUCCGACGACGGUGUAUGAUAUGCGCAGGGGUCUAGGUGGUGUUAGGGAGAUAUGGGAAUCUAGGCUGCACGGAGUCGGUGUUGGCUAG